UAUAUAUGCACUACGUCCUGGAUCUUAAAGGCAUAUGUAGUGCAAAUAUAUAGCCAAUAGAGGGCCAAAUUGGAUUGAGCCCACGUGUCACAGCGCAGUACAAUGUUUCGUCUUCCUGCAAACAUAAUGAUGCGGCGUCUGGAGCUUGUGGCCUCUAGAAUUAUGCGUCCAGAUGACGCCAACAUCGUGGGUAACGUCCAUGGUGGGACAAUCCUGAAGAUGAUUGAGGAGGCUGGGUGCAUUAUAGGAACCCGCCACUGUAAUACUCAAACUGGGGACCGCUGCGUCGCCGCCCUGGCACGAGUGGAACGCACUGAUUUCCUGUAUCCCAUGUUCAUUGGCGAGGUGGCCCACGUGAGCGCCGAGAUCACCUUCACCUCCAAACGCUCUGUGGAGGUGCAGGUCAGCGUGGUGUCUGAAAACAUACUCACAGGUGCCAGGAAGAUGACCAACAAGGCAACACUGUGGUAUGUCCCAUUAUCACUUCAAAAUGUCGACAAAAUCAUUGAAGUCCCCCCCAUUAAGUACUCUAAUCCUGAACUGGAAGAGCUGGGUAAGAAAAGAUAUGAAGCUCAGAAGCUUGAACGAAUCGAAACAAAAGAAAGGAAUGGCGAGACCAUUACAGCAGUUUCUCUUCCUGAAAGACAGACUAAAGAACCGUAUACCGUUGGAUUCAGCCAGUCGAGCCUCAUCCACCUGAUUGGCCCUUCAGAUUGCACUCUGCAUGGCUUCGUACACGGAGGUGUGACUAUGAAGCUGAUGGACGAGGUGGCAGGAAUCGUGGCCGUUCGUCACUGCAAGACCAACGUCGUGACCGCAUCCGUGGACGCCAUCAACUUUCACCGCAAGAUCGAGAAAGGUUGUGUGAUCACGGUAUCCGGGAGAAUGACAUUUACCAGUAACAAGUCAAUGGAGAUCGAGGUGUUUGUGGAUGCCGAUCAGUUGGCGAACGCAGAGGAGGGGAAAUAUCGUGCUGUCACUGCCUUCUUCACCUACAUUUCUCUGGACAAAGCAAACAAGCCGUUGCCUGUGCCUCCUCUGAAGCUGGAAGAUGAAGAGGAGCAGAAGCUUUUUGAAGAAGGAAAACAGCGGUACCUUCAAAACAAGGCAAAGAGAAUGGCGGAUAAAGAGCAGAAACAAUGAUGCCUCUCAUCACAUGAGCAUAAUUCAGCAACAUAGUUCGAACAAGAAAAAAAGCUCUCUUGUACUAAUUGUAGCAGAACGGAUGAAAAGGGAAAAAAUAUAUACCAAAGUACCUUGUGUAUGUAGAUAUUGGUUGAAGGAUUAUAAUAUAUAAAUCUUUAUUUUAUGUCUGAAGAGAUUUAUUUAUGAAACGUAUCGAUCGUUCACUAUAAUAAACAUCAUGUACUACUAAAAA